UGCGCAGUCAGGUAAUAUCGGUUGUCCUGUCCGGCAGAAUACCAAUAUGGAGUGUAAUUUCUUUAAAAAAGUGGUUUGAUGAAUUAUUUUUUUAAAUAUAAAUGCUUGAUGGUGGAUUAAAUGAUAAAGUAGCGUAUCUGGCAAUAUUAUAUUUGGAUAUUAUAAAGAGUAGAUCCAGCUCCGUUAGAUGACCGCCAUAGGAACAUGAUACAUGUCUGAAAUAUUUGUGGAUGUCAAGAUUGUCAAGUGAAGAGUACCAAAGUUUUGUAGAAAAAUGGGGAAGUUGUUAUCAAAAAUUUUUGGCAAUAAAGAGAUGAGGAUAUUGAUGCUCGGACUAGACGCGGCAGGAAAAACAACGAUAUUAUAUAAACUAAAAUUAGGACAAUCUGUAACCACUAUACCGACUGUGGGAUUUAAUGUGGAAACAGUGACCUACAAAAAUGUUAAAUUCAAUGUGUGGGAUGUUGGGGGACAAGAUAAAAUCAGGCCUCUUUGGCGGCACUACUACACGGGAACCCAGGGUCUGAUAUUUGUAGUGGAUUGUGCAGAUAGAGAUAGAAUUGAUGAGGCCAGACAAGAGCUUCAUCGCAUUAUUAAUGAUAGAGAGAUGAGAGAUGCAAUAAUACUCAUUUUUGCUAACAAACAAGACCUGCCGGAGGCGAUGAAACCUCAUGAAAUUCAGGAAAAAUUGGGACUAACACGAAUUAGAGAUAGAAAUUGGUAUGUGCAACCUGCCUGUGCAACAACUGGAGAUGGCCUUUAUGAGGGACUUACUUGGUUAACGAGCAAUCACAAAUUAUAGCAUCCAGGUACACACUCAUUUUAGUAUAUGACUCCAACCAACACUAUUGUAAUAUUCUCCUCGAGAGGUGAUUCUCUAGGAUGCAGGCUACAUCGUAAUUAUAACCCUAACAUUCCAUAUAUAAAAUUAAAAAUAUUAUGUGGAUAAUUUUUGAAAAAUAUUUUUUUGAAAUUUUUCUCUUGUAUUAUUUGCUUAUAUCAGUGCAACUCAUAGUGAUGAAUUUAAAUAAAUUUGUAUACAUUUUAUCUGUUUAAGACAAUUUUUCCAAUUGGAAUAUAUUAAAAAAAAUUUUUUUUCUUCUAUUUGGGUGUGGUUUAGUUGACAGUCAUAUGUUUAUUGUAUUAGACUUGUUAAACUCUUAAUAUUUUAACAAUUAUAAAUACAUAUAAAUAAUUUAUCUUAUGUCUAAAAUAUUAGUUUUUAUUGGAUAAUCAAGAGAUUACUAAAAUUGUUCUAACAGUUUGUGUUUAUCCUUUCUAAUUUCCAACUUUUUUAAGUAAAUAUCUGAAGUCAGAAACUAAUUCAAUAAACUGCAUCAAGAACUUAAAUUACAUGAUGAAUUUUAACAACUAAAAAUAAAUAAUAAACAUUAUUUGUUUACUAAAUAUAAAUUGUAUCUAAUUAAAAUAAUUUUAAUCAUCGCUAUAGAAUGUAUACAAAUUCCAGGUUUGUUAUUGUUUAUUGUUAUAUAUGUUUAGUGUUUUAUAAAUACUCUUGCACUUAGGGUAAAUUUAAAAAGGUGUUUUGAGUAACCCAGUGUAAAUUUUGCCAUUCAAACUGCCAGUCCACAGUCCAAUUGAACUUGACAAAAAUGGUGUAGUGUGUACAUAGUGGCAGUGUAUAAAUUUUCUUUAAAUGAAUGGUUGUGGCAUUAUAGACCCGUGUUCUUGAAAUUACCUCAACUGUAUUUUGUAUAUAAAUUAAUUAGUAUUAUUGUAUUGUUUUAUAAUGUGAAAUGUUAUUGCUGCAAUUGAAACUCUUUUAAUGAUUUAUUUUGUAUAGAACCACCUUGUUGACAAUUAUCAGUUUUCAAAUCCAUAAAUAAAUAUUUGAUAUAUGAUGAUAUUUAAUUAGUCUAAAAAUUGAAUAUCAGAUAGAGUUCAGGUUAAUUUGAGUAUAGAGUGCAGAAAUAAUUCAACUUUAUUUUUUUUAUAAAUUCCAAUACUUUUUCUCUAGACUUUGCAAAAACAAAAUUUUAUUAACACUAUAGUAGACAGGUGGAAAAAAGUUAUGUGGAUGGACAGACCCAAAUCAAUAAUGUAAUAAGUUUUAUUUUUACGAAUUAUGGAAUUUUCUAUAAAAUGAUUUACAAAUUACUUAGUUAUUGGUCAAAUUCAUAUUUCAUUUAUACAAAUAAAGGGUAUUAAAAAAUUUUUACACAAUUUUGUUAUGAAAUUUUGAAAAAUGAUCUAAAAAUACUAACUGAGUUAAUUAAUAGUAUAAAGUACUGUUUCCUUUCAAUAUAUUAGUCACAUAAAAGAAGUUAAAUGCAACAUGAAUGGUUUUCUUAUUAUAAUAUCUUGAAUUUCAUCAUUUAUAAGAUGAAGAUCUUACUGUACACUGUAUUACCAUAUGAAAGGCAUAACCAGAAUUUCCAUUGCUUACAAAAAUACUUUGUUUUAUUGUCCUUGCAUCUGUAGCAUCUUCCUCAUUUCCUUGUUGAGGCUCUUCUCUUUCUUAAGGUUGAAUGCCAGAGAUUUCAGCAUGUUGGGUUGAAGUAGUAGUCGUGCUAGCUUCUUUAGGAAAUCUUGUAUUCUCAUUUAGAGCACAUAUAUUCAUAAUGAUGUAAAACAAGCUCAAAGCCCUCUUGCAACUGUAUAUUCUGCACAAAUGAUAUCGACAACAUCAACGCAACUUUUUUUAGCAUUGUAAUAAGUGAUAAUACUUGGUUUCUAUUGAUCUCCUGUAUCUGCAUCGACUUUAUCAUCUCCAUGAGUAACAAAACACAUCUGCUAGUAACUUCUACUGUUGGUGGUGUUUUAUUGAUAUCUUUCACAAAUGGUAAAGUUCACAACUAAUGAAUUUCUUUACUUAAAUUGUUAGGAAUAUAAAUUUUUUGCUGUAUAUAUAAAGAUGUGUGGUAAUAAGGAUGAGGAAUUAAACAUAAUAGAAACAUUUCAAGAAAUGUUUUUAUAGUUUCAACUAAAUUGUACUAUACUCGUAGGCGAAUUAUUAGAAAGUAAUAAAAAUAUGCAACAAGGUCGUUCUAUAUUUGUGGUACAAAAUUGAGAGAUAUAUUUUUUCUUUUUAUAUAUGUUAUAGAAGUGCAAAAAUCACUAAAAGUAUAUAUAAUGUCUAAUUUUCACUUAUUAUUAUUUUUACGUGUGUAUCAUAAAAAAAAACAAAUUACAAUGUAUUGGAAAACCAGGUCAACCAAUUUUUUUGUCACACAAAAACUUAUACCAAAUUUUGAAUGCACUAUGUACACCAAACAAUAAUAUAUCAGUGGAAUGGAAGAAAUUGACACAUCAAGGUCCUUUGUUUCAUAAAUUUUUAUAAAAAGUACAAACACUUGGAAAAAUGUUCCUUAAUGUACAAUAAAUACUUUUGAUUUUCGUGAAUGUUUGGCUUCUGGUAGGUCCCUUUUAAAUCUGCUAGCAUUCCUGGACUUUUUGAGGAAAUCUUUCGCUUUUUCGUCACUCAACGCACCCAAUUUCUCGGGGAAGAAAUCCAUACAUCCCAAUGCUUUGUAUGAAAUUAUAAACUCAUUGAUCAAGUCUUUGUAAUUUAUGUUUUUCUAUGAAAUUUUGGACAACAUUCUCAAAACAUUUUCAGGCGACUUUUUCUACAUCAAUCAGCUUUCCUUCAAAGUUUGUAUCCUUCAUUAGUUUCCGUAUUUGUGGACCAAUGGGAAAUUUCUCUUUCAGGUAUAAGAAUCCACUGCCAUAUUUAAGCAUAGAUUUUACAAACUUUUUUAUCAGGUCGAACAUUAUAUGCAACGGUAGUGAAAGUAUGUCGUCAGGGUUCACUAUAUGAUCAUUUUUAACAUUUUUCUGCCUUCGGAAUAAGUGAUCCACGCUUGGUCAAUACUUUCUCCUGUCCAAUUCCCAAAUAAAAUAUUUUGUGUAACCAAGAUGUAGCCCAAGCAAAAGAGCAAUAACUUCAAACUCCACAAAUUUACCAAACAUGUUCACUGUAUUUUAUUUUUUUAAAAAGGAACUUCAUGUUCUCGUAAGUCUCUUUCAUAUCAGGACCAUGGGCAACCAGAUCUGGAGGUCAUUUGUUUUCGUUGUUUAGAAACAUUGCUUUCAAGCUAGUUUUUUCAAAUUUCAAUGAAUUUAUUACGACAGGAAAAUUUUCGUACCGGGGAAAGUAAAUUUCAGUCGUUUAAUCUAGACCCUUAAAGCUCACUAAUUAAAAUCAUGUACUAAAUACUUUAAAUAACUUUGUAUUAAUAAAUGUGGUUCCUAACUUAGGUCCCUCUCCUCAUAUACCUUAUCAGAUGGACUAAGAACCAAUUCCGGACUAGAAACAGAAUCCUGACUUUCUUCUUGAUUGGCACAGGCAGUUCGGUACUAUGUAGUAUUGGUCUGUUGGCCGAUGACAAUUUUGGGUACUGCACAGUGUGUUUGGACUUGGUUGUGACCCCUUUUGUUUCAAUCAAAGAAAAAUAACAAUCACUUAAAUGAUUAUUUGGUUCCGUUAGAAUCAUUGGUAUACCAAAAGGCAAAUGUCGAGAUUCUUCUUUAGCCCAACCUAAUAGGAGUCUCACACACAUACAAGUUAAUUCUCCACACACAUAAAAAAACUGUACGCUAGAACAGUUUUUAUAUUGUAAGAAACGUAAUUUAGUUAAAUGCAAUCGUUUUACAAUCGCCUAAAUUAAGUUAUUCAAACAAAAACACGUAAAUAGCUGUCACAAAAAACUGGAUGUGACCGAAAGAAAAUAAUUUUUUUUAAUGAUGGUACAUCAAAAUGGAAAACAUUACAAAGUUCGUGUGACAAAAACAGUUUACCAGUAUAAUGCAUUCCAAAUAGGAGCUCAAUAAGUUUGAGCGAAUUUUUUAAUAUUAAAAAAUAAAACUUUAAGAUACAUAACGUACAUUCUGAUUUUUUUUGUUUUAGUAGAACUAAAUUCGUUAUUUUUAUUUUUCUUUUUAUUUCGUGGAUAUUGCCAAAUAAUACCUUUAUGUAAGUAAAGACUGAAUAGAUAUAAGGUUUUUCUCACACACUAAGAUUCGUAAAAUCUUUUUAAUAUGCUUUUGUGUGAACAGAAACGCAAUUUUUCACAGUUUUUUUUAAUACAUGUAUCCACUCAACAUUUUGAUGUUUGAAUAUGAAUUAUUUGUAAUUCAAUGUUUAUAACACAGAAUUUUAUCUUGAAGUCUUCUAUAAUAAUAAACGAAAUUUUUGAUGCAUUCUGUGUUUUUUCGAUGUAAAACUUGUUCAUUCUUUAAUUGGAGUUGAAUAGUAUCCAGCAUAAUUUGAAUACCCUGAAUACCAUCCCACAUUCCAUUAUUCAUUCAUGUUAACAUCUGCCUUCUUAAAUAAUUAUUAAAUUCGUAAAAACAAAUGGAAUUUUUUUAUUGAAAACGGUAUUUUUUUGUUUAUCCAAUUUAUUUUAAUUACGUAAACAAAUAUUUUGUUGCAUAAUUUCUUUAUGAAUCGUUUGACAGUGUUUGUAAAUCAGCUUAACCAAACAGUUUAUUCUACACACUUUUAUCAGUUAUUCCGAGGAUUGUUUUCAUAAUAAAUAAUUUAUAAAUAUUUCUCAGUUUAUAGAUAUGUCCAUGUUUUAUCUUCUUCCAAGGAAAUCUUUGUCAAAUAUCAUGUAUCAAUCAUUUUAUUAUUGAGAACCUUCGAUUUUUCAACAAGGAUUUUCUCCCUUAACGAUUCCUUUCUUAAAUACUCAAUUUUAUAAUAGGUUUAACUUAUUUUCAUAGAUGGCUUUCGCUAGAUUUAUACCAAUUUAAGAUUGUUGAUGCUCAUGUGCCUGCUGAACACAACAUCAUGUUUGCUCCUUAGAGUUCUCGCAUCUAGUUCAAAGGACCAUACAGUUUGAGGGUUGGUUUAGUGGUAAUAGUAAACACCAAAGAUUCCAGAAAUUCUAACUUACAUAACCCCACUAGUUGUUUUACGGAUUUACUACUGUUUGAAGAUAAAUCUUAUGUUUUGUACCUCUCAAUUCGUAAAUAAAGUCAUAUUAAUUCAAUAUCAAUGACAGAGGUUUGAAACAAUUUUUUAGUUUUUUCAUCUGUUUUCAAAAUAUACAAAUUAUCUAUCUCUACCGAAUAAUUUCAUCAUUAUUAAAAUUUUUAUAUUCCCAAUUUAGAGUGGCACAAAUUUCUUCAUAAUCAGGAUAGUUUUUUUAGUGAACACACUGUUUACCUUCAGUCUCUGAAGACGAUAACUUCGUUAUAGAAACACCCUUCAUUCAGUAUAAUUGUUGGUGUAGUGGUAGUGUAAACAGUGUGAUCGGUACAAAUAUCACCAACGAUUCCAAUUUGGGAUAGUUUUUUUGUUAAUGAAUAAUUGAACAGUUUUUAAGAUAAAAUUAUUUGAUAGCCCUACAUUUUCACCCUUUGUAUUAUUCUUGAAAACAUAUUUUUUGUGGUGUUUACUUUGAAUUAUUCAUACUAAAAAUCAGAUAUGAAACUAGUAUUAUAGUAUGUUUUUUAAAAUUAUGGAGUUGGUAUUGUUUUCGAAGCAGAUUGAUAUUUUUUGACGACAUUCGUACUAGAUCAAAAAUUGAGCGGAUUGAGCACGGCUUAGUAGAAAUAA